AUGAUCACGUUUGACAAGAUAACUCUAGAUGCAGUACAGAGAAUGGACAGAAGAGUCCCGGAGGCAGCUGUUCGCCGGCUUGCUCCCCUGUCACCUGGCGCACCUACAGACCACGCCCUAAGGUCCUCCCAGCGCUGCGAGGCCGGCUGGAAGCGCGGGACACCUCCUUCCCCUCCUAGGCGUCAGCCCCAUGCCCCGCCCCCGUCGAGAGGCGUCUCCAGCCCCCUCGCGCCCUGGCUCCACCCCUUCCAGCUCCCCAACGUCUUCGGCGUCGGGCCCGAGCCUGCGCCUGCGCGUGCGCCCUGGGGCCAAAGUCGGGGCGCGCCGUGGCUAGAACGCGGAGAGCGGCGGGCGGCUCUGAGGUGCUGCUGUGGCGGCGGCCGCCGGGCUGAGGCGGGUGGGAGCCGGAGCCGAGCGCAGGCUGAGGGAGGAGGGCGGCGACUGGAGAGCGGCGAGCGGCGAGCGGCGCGGGACGCGGAAUCUCUUUCACUUUUUCCCUCCCGAGUGCCCCCUCCCAGCCCUCCCACUCCACACACACCCUGUUUGCCCGUGAGCCUGGGGAACUUGCAGCUUAAAGCCAGCCACCCCCACGGCAACAUGUACCCCAGCAACAAGAAGAAAAAGGUGUGGAGAGAGGAGAAAGAACGUUUACUGAAGAUGACCUUAGAAGAGAGACGUAAAGAAUACCUAAGGGACUAUGUUCCCCUGAACACCAUUCUGUCAUGGAAGGAGGAGAUGAAGGGCAAGAGCCAAAAUGAUGGAAGCAUCUCUAAUGGUUGAAGAAGUGGUGGAAGAUGGCAUGGGAGCGAGUGCCUGAGGAUCCUUGCCUGGACAAGUUAUGGAAAGAAAAUCUUACAGCUUGGUCACUAGGAAAAGAGCCCUUUAUCUCGUCUUGUCUUCCAGUCCAUUUUGAAUCAAGAAAGACCCCUUGAAGACUCCUUUGAGAAGAGUCUGUUUUGAAGAAGGAAAAAGAAAUACUGUUUGAGAGAAGGCAAACAGAUAAAAAGGGUGAUAGAAACGUGUAUCUUGUUGUAUCUAUAACACUGAGAGACCUUCUAGAGUGAACAUAGAGAACUGAAGAGUAGUAAAUUAAGGAAUGACCGAAUCUUGUGGGUCUUGAUGGAAAAAUGCUGAUCGUCUUCUAAUGUGGAAAAACAGUUGGUGCUUCAGUCCUAGGACUUUUUGUCUUUGCUGUGUGCAGUUAUCAUAAACCCUUCUCACAUUCAGAACUACCCCUUUGUCCUUUGUGAAUGAUGGCACUCUUGCUUCUAUUUCAGCAGUGCCUCCAAGGAUGAAUGAAAAUAUCUAGCAUCUGCCAAAACCUAAAAAAUACAGUCCAUUUGUUUAUCGCUAGAGCUUUGUAAGGUACUUCUCUUGGAUUUUAAAAUUCUUUAGUACUUGAAACCAACCACUGUGGGAUUUUAUCAAAACUAUUAGUUUUUCAGCCUGAAGUAUGGUGAUUUCUAUCUAUGUUGUUAUCAGUUUUAUCCAUUGUGAUAUCCAUAA